AUGGCAGGGGCUGAGCUCUCUGUCCCCCCUGAGCAGUUCACCCAAAUCAAAGAACCAGAGUUGAUACCAGACAGGGCCCUGGAGGAGGAGGAGGAAGAGGAAAAUGACGGGGUGUGCCGAGUAAAGGAACAGCCUGACUCUGCGGGUUUGGAGGUGGAGAGUGUUCAGGGGCCCCUCCAGACCACGAUCCUGGAGGAGGUGCCAGAGCUGGUGCUCACUGCCCCGGAGGAGAGCGAGAAGCACAUCCUGACCCUGCAGACCAUGCACUUCCCCUCGGAAGAGGCUGAACUGCAGGACCUCAGCUGGCUGGAUCCCCAGCAGGAGGAAGAGAUGCAGGAGGAGGUAUACUCGCUGCAGGAGAUGGAGGUGAUGCAGUUUCAGCUUCUGGAGGAGAAUGUGACCGGGGCCGGUGAAGACUAUAAGUCUGCAAUGAACCUGGAAGAAAGCACUGGAUCCAUAAAGUUCCAGAAAGGUCAGGAAGAGGAACAGCUGCUCGCUGAAGGUGGAUUCAGUGAAAAUACAGAAGAGCAUUUUUUUCUUGUGGAAGCAAGGCCAGGAGAUGAAGGAAGAGAUGAAAUCGUUCUGACAUUUUCAAACUUAAAUAUGGAAGAACAAAAAGAGAAACCUGAACUGGAUCAAGCACACCUUGAAAAACCCAGCACUACGAAAAAUCUAAAAAAGGCAAAGGAAGUAAAACAAACCUUCCAUUGCAACUUGUGCAAGUUCACCUCUUCUAGAAUUUCGAAUUUCAAUCGUCAUGUGAAAAUUCACAGCACUGAAAAGCCCCACGUGUGUCACCUUUGUCUGAAAGCUUUCCGUACAGUUACCCUCCUUCGGAACCAUGUCAAUACCCAUACAGGAACCAGGCCCCACAAGUGUGGUGAUUGUGACAUGGCGUUUGUCACCAGUGGAGAACUCAUCCGGCACAGACGUUAUAAACACACUCACGAGAAGCCCUUUAAGUGUUCCAUGUGCAAGUAUGCUAGUGUAGAAGCGAGCAAGUUGAAGCGCCACAUCCGCUCGCACACGGGUGAGCGCCCGUUUCAGUGCUCCCUCUGCAGCUAUGCCAGCAAGGACACCUACAAGCUGAAGCGGCACAUGAGAACACAUUCAGGUGAGAAGCCCUACGAAUGCCACAUCUGCCAUGCCCGCUUCACCCAGAGCGGGACCAUGAAGAUGCACAUUGUGCAGAAGCACAGCGAGAAUGUCCCCAAGUACCAGUGCCCGCACUGCGCCACCAUCAUCGCCAGGAAGAGCGACCUGCGUGUCCAUUUGCGCAACCUGCACACAUAUGAGACUGUAGAGAUGAAGUGCCGUUACUGCCCUGCUAUCUUCCACGAUCGCUACAGUCUCAUCCAGCACCAGAAAACUCACAAAAAUGAGAAGAGAUUCAAGUGUGACUACUGCAGCUAUGCCUGCAAGCAGGAACGUCAUAUGACAGUUCACAUACGUACCCAUACCGGAGAGAAGCCAUUUGUCUGUCUCUCCUGCAAUCAAUGUUUCCGACAGCAGCAGCUUCUAAAUGUGCACUUCAAGAAAUACCACGAUGCCAAUUUCGUUCCGACUGUUUAUGAAUGCCCCAAGUGUGGCAAAGGUUUUUCCCGCUGGAGCAACAUGCACAGACACUCGGAAAAAUGUAACUCCGGGCAGGAAAAGCCGGCCACCAUGGAAAAAGAAACAACAAUGAAGAAGCCUGCCAACCCAAGAGAGCCAGCCAAGGAAGACGGAGCCACAGCCGAGGAGGUAUCCCUGGUGAGUGGAGAGCUGUACCCAGAAGAGACGGUGCCCAUUGACUUCAUAGAAGCCAAGACCGAAGGCGAGGACCUGGAGGAAGACCUGACCUGUGACAUGAUCCUAGCUUUGAUGGAUAAGUGA